GCCGCGUAAAGGCCGUGCUUUCCGGUCUCGACGGCCUGCUGGCUGCCGAACGCGAGGCGGGCAUCCAGCCGGGCCGCGUGAACCUGACAACCACAUGGUCCUUUCAAAGCACGGACUCCAUCGAUGGCAAAUGCAAGAAAUGCCCAGGCUACUUCGGAUUCCAGGACAUGCUGGCAGCUGUGGACGACCCGUCGAUUGCGAAGUACAAACCUCGCACGCCGGUGAAAGACCUGGCUGCCGCGUUCGACAAGAGGUGGAUUAACGGACUCAACGUGCAAGCGCCAUGGG